UUUCCUCAUGCAAUUAAUCAAUACUGCUUCUCGCUACGCUACCACAUUUUUUAGAAAACAAAAACUAUAGUUUGUAGUCGUUUGUUGUGAUUAUAGCGAGUUGUACGUGUAUUGUGUCGCUCGAUAUUAAGCUGAGAGAAAAUGCCGAAAAAACUUAAAGUGGUUGUUAAAUCUCUAUAUUCUCAUGAAAUCCGCAAAGACGUGAGUUUGGAAAAUUUAAAGUCACUGAAAUUAGAAGAUGCUUGGCCUUUUAUCAGAGAUGAAAUUGAAAUUGAAAUCGGUAGCAACCAGCUCGUCUGCAUCCCGCAUAUCACUGAAGCUGAACUUUAUAAUGUUACGUCUUUGUUUGUACCAAACGAAAAGGAAAUAAACGGUAAAAUGUUUACGCCACUCGGUGUGCUAAAGAAGAAUAUUAAUAGGGAGAAAUCUAACCCUGAAUAUGUUGACUUGCUGGACGAGGAAAACUUUAUUGAAACUGACUUUAAAUUUCCUCAUGAAAGUGUUAAGAUAACAUUGCAAGAUGAGGCAAUAAAAAAUAAAGUAAGGGUUAUUAUGGUAAAUUUCACCCGUGCCAUAAUUCCCAAAGGCAAGAAUUUUGUUAACAACAUUUAUCUAGAUGUGGAGAAUAAUGCAGCUUUGAAGGGCAAAAAAUCAGUAUUCAUGAUAACCACAGUGCUAAUGGCAAAAACAAUAGAGUUUAGAGUUACCAGAGGGACUUCAUCUAGAAUUUUCCAUCUCGGAAAUGCGUCACCUCUUGUUUUCGGCCUUGAAGAAUUUUUAAUUGGAGAAGAUGGAAAGUUGAUUGCUAAGGAGCCCGUGACUAUUAAAUCGAAAUUCCUACAAUGGCAGAAGCUGGACCCUUCCGAUCAUCUCUAUAUCCCUGAAAAUGAAGAAGCAGCUUGUGUGCAGUAAAAAAAAAAACAGUAUUUUCGGAAGGAAGAAACUAGGCUUGACAAAUUUUAAAUUUUUUAUCGAGUGCUCUCGAUAGGAUUGUAGUAUUAUGAAAAAUGUUUCUUUCAUUACCAGUUAGUUGUAAAACAUUAACCUAAUUUUACAAAUUAUGCUGCAUAAGCAUACUUAACGUUUAGGUACAUUUUUUGUUUUUAUCAGUCUGAUAAAAAUAAUGACUCAGUAUUUUAUCUUUCAAUUAAAAAGUUUAAUGUAUACACAUAUCUAUUAUAUAUUUUAGUAUAUGUAUUCAAUGAAUAAAUUACACUUAUAAGUAUAUUGUGCAGAAAAAAAAAAACAUGCGCGACGCUAUUUAUGUGCUUCGCGUAUUUAUUGCGUUACAUUUUUAAUGUGUAAUGUUGAAGUUAAUUUUUGUAAUAAAAGAUAUUAUUUUCAUCUUCAUUAAAUUAAGAGUAAAAAGUUCAGCGUGCUAACAAAGUAUUUGAUCUUAGAUAUUAUUGACGAAUUUAAAAAUGACAUUUUCAAAUUAACGCAAUAUUCAAUAUAUAAAAAAUCAAUACAAAUAAAAACGAAUCGCCGAAAUAUGUAUUCGCGGAUAGCUUUUGAACGACUGCACCAAAUUCAGUAUUUGUUUUUUGUGUUUUUGUGUCCGUUAUUAUCAGGACACGAUUUAUGUGAAAGGAAAUUUUAAAAGAAAUCGAUAAAUUCACAAAAAAAAUGUGGCGAUACGAGUAUGUAUCGUAUAGUAUGGGUUUGCCUGGUAAUUCGCCGGAGCCAGUAUUUGAUUCGUACAAAAAUACAACUUUCUUAAAGCUACUGUAUUCAUUCAAGUGUUUUUAAAUAAAUAAGAAUGAUUAGAAAAGAAUAUCAGACUCAAAAAGACUUCGAUUGUUUCGAUAGACAUCACAUCGGUUCCAUGGUGUAAUGGUUAGCACUCUGGACUUUGAAUCCAGCGAUCCGAGUUCAAAUCUCGGUGGAACCUGGACUUUUUUUAUUUUUUAAUAAUGCAAGUUUUUGUUAUAAUUUUGUCAGAAUUGUUUUUUUUUAAUGUAAUUAAUGUUAUAAAACAACUUCUAUUACAAAAUUUUAAUUUAUAAUAGUAUUGGAUUCUGCUAUAGAGAAAUUAGGCACAGUAAAUAAAUAAAUGUCAGAUACUUUUAUUAUUAAAUCUCUGUAGACCUAAGUAUUAAAACAAUUGCAACUUAGUGAGGCAUAGUCAUGACAAGAUUGGCUUUAGAAUAAGGCUUAAAAUGUUUAUUUUUUUAGGAUUAGACUUCAUUUUCAGUAUUUUAUAAAUUUUAAACAAUGGUAAGUAGUCAUGUAUGAUUGGUGACAUUGAGGAAUAACAUUGACAUUCCAAAUUUAUAUAUUUAUUCAUUAAAAUGUAAGCCUCACAACUGUGUUGAUUCUGUUUACCAGUA